CUCUGUUCCAGAUUUUAGUUGCCGUUCCUUCUAUGUCGAUCUAAAACACCAACUUUCAUGUCACUGAUAGAGCAAUUACAGCGCCAACAGACUGGAGUCUCAGAAUUCUGGAGUGGAGUUACUAUGGAUAUUCUCUUGGUGUUUUCCUUCCUGCUUCCAGCCAUACGGACUUGACUUAGAGGGUGUACACGGAGAAUUUUCCACUUGGUUAUGAAGUGGGGUGGUUCACUCGUGCGGCUCAACAGUGAGAAGCUGAGAACGGAGAAGAGGGAAAACACGGCUCCUCCCGUCCGUCCUACACCACUUGUUUGGCUCUUCCUUGGAUGCAGACCUAUUCACUGCAGAGUAGAGCCCGGCUACCAGGUUGUCUUUCUUAAGUGUGAGGGUGACCGAGGGAAAGGCCAAUGACGUCGGCGACCAGGUGCCAGCCUAAAGUGGCUGGUGUGGAGAAUGGCUCCUGAGAGGCCUGCUUGGAUGAGAAUCAUUGAGUUCACAAAAGGAAGCAGCUGCGACCUUGAAUGAGAGCAGCGGGGAAGAGAAGAGGAGGAGGAAGACUUGAUUAAGAAAGACAUAUGAGUUGGGCCUGCCCAAUGCGGGAGGUCAGAAUGCUGCUCCUCUGCCACGCGCUAGCUGUGACCAUCCUUCAGAUCUUGAUCUUCUCAGAAAACUGGGCGUUUGCCAAGAACAUUAACUUCUACAACGUGAGGCCCCCUCUUGACCCCACACCAUUUCCGAACAGCUUCAAGUGUUUUACCUGUGAAAAUGCAGGAGAUAAUUAUAAUUGCAAUCGCUGGGCGGAAGACAAAUGGUGUCCACAGGACACACAGUAUUGUUUGACUGUUCAUCACUUCACUAGCCACGGAAGAAGUACAUCCAUCACUAAAAAGUGUGCCUCUAAAAAUGAAUGCCACUUCGUUGGUUGCCGUCACAGCCGAGACUCAGAACACACGGAGUGCAGGUCUUGCUGUGAGGGGAUGGUCUGCAAUAUCGAGUUGCCGACCAACCACACGAACGCGGUCUUUGCCGUCAUGCACGCACAGAGGACAUCUGGCGGCAGUGUCCCCACGCCCUACCUCCCGGUGCUGGCUUGCCUCUUCGUGCUCCCCUUGCUAUGAUGUUCCUGUUCCUAAGAGGGACAGAAACCAGCACUGUAAAGCGCAAGGCCGAAACUGC